CUUCUUUGUUUCCUUGCUAAGUACAAAAAUCAUUGACGAAGUUACAUACCACCUUUCAGCCAUCUUGCUAAAAUUUGGAGGGAUCUUGUCUUUUGGUGGUCUAUUCGCUGUUGUGGAAUCCUUAUUCAAUUUUUAAGUAGAUCGUCCCGAGCAGCAUCGCUAUUGCAGUGGUUUUCCCCCCAACUCCAAGGCUUCUGAUAACACGCGGUCCACGCACGUACUGCACGUACUCUCGUAGCCUGCCCCGGCCUCCCUAGUCUUGCUCGGCGACGAUGGCUGACUGCGACGAUGAUUACUCUGCUGCAGACACGUACUCCAGCAUGAAGCGAGAAGCAGACGGCGACAUGGGCACCCCACAGAAGAGGUCACGCCCUGGGGGAGACACUGAGGUCCGCCUUCUCAUCCCCAGCAAGGCUGCUGGCUCGAUUAUUGGGAAAGGCGGUCAUAAUAUUACUAAAUUGAGGACAGAGUACAAAGCCUCAGUUACUGUCCCCGAUUGCCCCGGGCCCGAACGGGUCUCCAACAGUGGUCGUGCUGGUUGCAGCAUCCUCACCGUGUGCUCGGAUCUGGAGACCGUGCUGAAGGUUGUGCGGGACGUGAUCCCCAACAUAGAGGACGCCAUCGCGCGCACCGGCUUGGCGCGCAACGACGACGUGGACCUGCGCCUGCUGGUGCACCAGAGCCAGGCAGGGUGCAUCAUCGGCAAGGCUGGCCAGAAGAUCAAGGAGCUGCGGGAGAAAACGGGAGCAAGGAUAAAGAUCUUCAGCAACUGCUGCCCCCAGAGCACAGACCGCGUGUGCCAGAUAUCCGGCCGGCCCAACACCUGUGUUGAUUCGCUCAAGGAGAUCAUCGAGCUGGUUAAGACGUCUCCCAUCAAGGGCAUCAACAACCCGUAUGACCCACACAACUAUGACGACUUCUUCGCCCAGGAGUACGGUGGUUUCGGGGACCCGGAGAAGAGCAUUGGGGUGCGUGGUGGGCCCCCACCCCCGAUGCCGGGCGGCCGUGGGGGGCGCUUUGGUGGCGCCAUGGGUCCUGGACCGGGCCCCAGGCUAAGCCCGCGCAUGGGGGGCCCUCCGCCGGCAGGCAUGGGGCCACGCGGCCCGGGCGGUGGCUUCGGCGGACGAGCGGGGGGGUUCAGCAGAGACUUUGUUCCAGGUGGCGCUCCCAACGGCAUGAUGAACAAUGCCCCCAUGAUGGGCGGGGAAGACAUGGCGGGUCCAGGCGGCCCCAUGAUGGGUGGCGGAGGUGGGCCGAAGGGCUCCACGCAGGUCACCAUUCCCAAGGACCUGGCGGGGGCCAUCAUAGGCAAGGGAGGUGCCAGGAUCCGUAAGAUUCGCUCCGACUCGGGGGCCGGCAUCACCAUCGACGAGCCUCUGGCCGGCUCCAAUGACCGCAUCAUCACCAUCACGGGCUCGCCCAGUCAGAUCCAGAUGGCGCAGUAUCUGCUGCAGCAGAGCGCCCUGGAGAAGACUGGCCCGUCCAUGGACUCUGGCCGCCCGGAGAGGUUCGGAGGCGGUGGUCGAGGGGGCGGGGGAGACAGAAGAAUGCGCUAGUGGAGCCACUUGCUGCAGUGUGUGAAGCUGUGUCCGAGUUACAGCCAGCCUCUUUCACCUUGGAAGAUUUUACGCACAUUUGCAGUGAAGUUAAUUGAACUUCCAUUAUUAUUUUUAAAAAAAAAAUUAUUUAAUAUUGUUUGUGUAUUAGUGUCAGGUGUAAGUAUGUAGUGCACUGUAGGUAACAGGCUGCUUGUGUGGUUGAUUGCAUGUGACGAGUGCGGGACAGUCGCACCCAAGUGUUUCAUACGGGGGCAACAUGUUGCGUUGUGCCAAUCACGUGUGUAGCCUGCAGCCUACUUAAGGGCAUUUUAUGUUGAGGACAAGGUUCAUGCACAGACGUCCAGACUUAAUAUGGAAGUAUUCGUAUUGGUUUUGGUCAGUCUUAGCAUCAAAGGUUCAAUCUAUUUUCUCCCAUGUGCUUUCUUUUAUUUGUUUCUACAGUUGUGUUGCCCUGCUCUUAGGGCAGGUGUACAGCAGUGUGUGGCUGUCAGUAGGUGUAUUUGCACCGUGCUGUCUGUCUCUGGACCGCAGACGUUCAGGAGCGAUCAAGUACAAAAUAUCAACACUUUCUCCGGUUCCUUGCAUUUAGAAUACUACCACAAGUCAAGGACAUAGUUAUCUUAAUAAUGAUGUGUUAGUGGAUAAUAAAUCCAUCACUGGCUGCUAACACAUGUCAUGUUUGUAUCAUGUUUAACUAUGGUAUUCAAUAAAAUAUUGUAAUUUUA